AUGAUCGCCUUUUGGGCUCGAGUUGACGCGCCGGCGUCCAAAACGAUGCGCCCGGCGGAUCGUGUGCUCAUGGCACGGAGCUCCACCGAAGGUGGUGUGGCAGCCCAGUAUCCCGGAGUUUGGCUUUGUGGCUAUGGCCUUGCUGAUCGCACCAGAGCGCGAGUGGAAACUCCCCGUGGCGUGUCGGUCCUCGCGGCCGCUGGCGAGCCGGAGCCCAAUCCCUGGGAGCUGCUGAAGUCGUUCGGCGAAGGGUUGUUUCCAGGUGACUUCCAGUUGCGUCAAGAAGAAGCUGCACGACUCUUGAGCUCUGCAGCCUUGAAGCAGUUGGGUCGCUGGUUUCAACCUGCAGGUGAGCGCUUGAGUAGCGAAACCUCUGACAACGUUGACGAAGCCUUGGAUGCCUUGCUGGACGAGGCCAAAGAGCACAUCGUGGACUUCCUCUCGGACCGAGCGUCUCCAGGCCCGGUGAGCCGAGUCUUUUGGCAAGCGGAGCUCUAUCUGCGGAACUUCCAGCAGGUUGCUGGAGAGGCUCCAGUGGAAGAGUUUCAGCAGAGGGCCAAGGUCGUAGAAGAGGAGGUCGCACCGGAAGGAUCUCAGAUGGAGGCUGCCCUUGGCGUUGUUUUGGCGCGGCAGCAGUUUGUGGCAGCCUCCAGAUUUGGAUACUUCUUGCGACGGUGCCAGCAGCGGCUGCGAUUGGAGAGGAUCAUGUGCUUUGGCUGCCCUGUGGGCACUCUGGGCAUGCAGUCCGGAUCAAAACAUGCGAAGUGUUCAAAAGUCAAGAGCAAUCAUGCUCAAUCAUCCAUGGCCAGCAAAGUACCAUGUUUUAUCAGUCACCAGCACCUUGAGGUGCCCAACUGUUGA